AUAAAGGUGUGGCCUUGUGGGGGAACCAGUUUAUAUAUACACUGACACACAGCCUUCCCUGUCUACUGUAUCUCUGCCAACUGAACGGAGCUACUAACAGAUACAAUGGAUCUUUCAGAUGCUCUGGGUGGUGAACCGGGCUGGCCAGGCCAGAACAACCAGCAGGGUAGUGGGGGCGUGUGGCCUGGUGGGCAACCCAACCAGCCAACAUGGCCAGGACAGCCUGGUGGUCAACCAGGCCAGCCCGCCCCCAUGUGGCCUGGACAACAACCAAACCCUUCCCAACCCUCAUGGCCCGGACAACAAGGAGGGGGGCAGCCCGGCUGGCCCGGACAACCAGGUGGGGGGCAGCCUGGCCAGCCAACCUGGCCCGGACAACCAGGUGGGGGGCAGCCUGGCCAGCAAACCUGGCCCGGACAACCAGGUGGGGGACAGCCCAGUCAGCCGACAUGGCCAGGGCAGCCAGGACAGAUUAGCCAACCUACUGCACCCGGAUGGCCAAGCCCCGGUCCAGGCCCUGCCCAACCAACUGCUCCACAAAAUAGUUCACUGAAAGUGCCAUAUGACCUGAAUCUGCCAAAUGGAUGCUACGACAAGAUGCUCAUCACAAUUCGUGGGACAGUUAACCAAAAUGCCAAAAUGUUCACCAUCAAUCUAACCAAAGGGAAUGACAUUGCCAUGCACUUAAACCCACGCUUUAAUGACCAGGGAAAGAAAACGAUUGUGCGGAACAGUCAGAUAGGCAAUACAUGGGGCAAAGAGGAGAGAGAGCACAAUCACUUCCCCUUCACUCAGGGCCAGCCCUUCGAGAUGAAGAUCAUGUGCACUAACAGUGAGUUCAAGGUGGCAGUGAACAGCUCACACAUCCUGGAGUUCAAACACCGCAUCCGUGACAUCCAAUCCAUCAAACACCUGGUCAUCUAUAAUGAUGUCACCCUCACGUCUGUGGAGAUUGACAAACUAUAAGAUCUAGCAGGGUUGGUUUCAGCCAUUUAAUAGAAUGACCAGAUUAGCCAAAGUCCCUCAGGUUCUAUUUUUAUGGUUCCAGUGACCUUCCAUCAUUGGCUUUCAACAGAAACAUACAGUAGCUUGAGUCUAAAGCUUUAACCCAGUAGUACUACCAUCAUAUUCUGUACUUCUACUAAGAUGGUAUAUUCUCUGUGUGGAAAAAUAUAUUUUCUUAGUCUUUUAAUAAGAGAAAAAAGUCAACAACUUUUAACUUACAAAUUCAUUGGUUUUAAGUCUGAAUAGGUACAUACAUUUGAAUGAAAACCACCUAUAUCCAAUGUUAGACUCAAACAUAUUUUUCUAUUGACUGAUAUUUCUUCCUCCAGAUACAGGGUGAUGUACAGUAUGUGUUUUGAGUGAUUGUUAUUGUUGUAUAACCUUUCCCACUAGGUGGCACAGUUGAGACUAUGUUGAAUGUUUUAGAUCCACAACAAGCCUAGUAUUUGCUGUGGCAAAAUAAACAUUACCUUGGCUACCUAUACCACACAGUAGUAGAUGAAUUUGAAAACACCAAUGCAUAUUACCACUUAACAUAUAGGCUAUUAUUACUUUGCAUUAGUGAAUGAAGGACCAUGUCUGUAAACAUACUGUAUUUUCAAAGCUCUUUCUCCUUAACCCUGCAAUCAUGAGCAAGUUCACUUGUUGGUAAUGUAAUGAUGUCAUGCACUAUCUUUCUGUAGUGUUUCUAUAAGCAGUGAUGAUCUUAUUUCCAUUACCAGCCAUCAGCACUUAACAUGUUUAUUCAGGGAGGAGAGUGUCAAUAUCUGUGAGUGAUAUUACAGUUGACAAUCAUAUCUCAAA